AUGGGUAAUUUCGGAACUGCUGUCAACUCCCUGUUGAGCACUUACACCAAGUGCCUGUCUCUUCUGAACGGCUUCCCUAAAGAUGAGGAUCCGGGGCCAUUGAGUCACACGCGCUCAACACUGAGCAUCUCACUUCGAUCCGACAGAGCUCGAGUGCGUCGAGAAUAUGCUUCGCGACUUUCGCAAGAUGGUUCUCGGUUUGAAAAAGGCGAUGCUCCUGCACGAUCAGCUCUUAGACGCAUUGUGAGGAAACUCACAAUCACCCUGGCCGACGUGGUCCGCUCAUUUCAUGACCCGAAAGGACAGCCGAUCAACAGCGAGUCUCUUCUAGCUCUAUCCACAGGCUCAAGUCUAGACGCCGUUCGCGCUAUGAAUGACUUGUCAACCAGAUUCACGGGGUAG